AUGGGAUCUUGUGUUAGUGUAUAUUUAUCCAACCGAUUCUCCAGCAAUUAUUACCUAGAUAUUUGUAUAUUAGUUGAGGAGUUAUUAAAUUCGACACAAUUGAUUGAUUUUCAAAGUGAACUCAAAGGACUUCUAAACACUCACACAUCACACUCAUUAUAUAAGGCAAAUUCAACUUUGUAUUCUUACUCAUUUCACCGUAAAUAUAUCAAUUUGAUACUACAGAAGGUUACAAAGUAUUUGAAUAGUGCUAAAAAUAUAAACAUAAUCGGAAAUAAUGAAUCACUUGUAGAAAUCACCAGUUAUUUAAACACAUUCAAAACAAUAAAUAAAUCAAACUAUACAAUAAAUAACUUCAACGAACAUUUUAUCUUAAGAGAUAAACUUGAUCUUUUAACCCGAUUAACUAAUUUUUGCUCUUAUAUUUCUCCAGUUGUGCCAAAUGAAGUCAGUUCACGCCGAAAUUUAGAAGUAAUAACUGAUGAUUUGAUAGUUGUCCUGAUGGAAUCUGGGCCUACCUACUACUACGUUCCCUUUGAUACUACCAUGAGAUCACAAGACCAUCAGGGAGACGACACACACAGUAGAGUUAGUGGGACCCAAUUCAUCGGUAAAUCACCAAUAGGAUCGAAGUCGAUAGUAUCGCUAUUUAAACAAUAUAUUAAGAAUUUUGGACCAUUCAUCAACGAGUAUUACAAGAUGGGAGACUAUACAUUUGACCAAAUAGCAGAGUUGUCGAAAACAGGAAACCACCAAAUGUGUGAUAUAUUGGUAAAGGAUAUAUACGGAGAAUGGUCUCACGUGUUGGGACUACCACCGUCUCUAAUAGCCUCUAAGUUUUCGAAGAUACAGACACCAAAUAUGAAUGAGCUAUUGAUAGAGGAAUUAGAUCAUGAGGGGGUGCCAGAAGACGUGGCACUGGAGCACUUUGCAAACUCGUUGAUUCUGGUUUUCGUUGAAAGUAUAGCACAUCACGGAUACCUGAGGUCCCUGAUACACAAUUGCAAAAAGAUACUGUUCGUCGGAGAAGAAUUUAAAAAUACAACAGUUUGCCUCAUGGUUAAAGAAAAACUGGAUUACUUUCCAGGGGGAGUUGAGUGUUUGUUCAGUGAAGUGAGUUCAGUGCAGCCAAUACUGGCCUGCCUUGACAGUAAAGGAGCUUAG